AUGGCCUUAGCUUCUGUUCUUGUUAAUGGUAGCCCAACAGAUGAAUUCAAACUUGAACAUGGGUUGAGACAAGGUGACCCUCUUUCACCUUUUCUAUUUUUAAUAGCAGCUGAAGGGUUAAAUGUCAUGAUGAAGGCUCUUGUAGAGGAUGGUCUGUUCUCUAGCUACAAGGUUGGCGCAAAUAAUCAUGUUUUCAUCACUCAUCUACAAUUUGAUGAUGACACCUUGUUGAUUGGGGAGCGAAGCUGGGCCAAUAUUAGAGCGUUGAAAGCUCUGCUUCUUCUCUUUGAAGUGACAUCUGGUCUUAAGGUGAACUUCAACAAAAGUAUGUUAGUUGGUGUUAAUAUUCAUGAUUCUUGGUUGGCUGAGGCAGCUUCUGUCAUUAAUUGCAAAUUGGGCAGAGUCCCCUUCCUUUAUCUGGGGUUGCUUAUAGGUGGUGAUCCUCAAAAACUAAAAUUUUGGCAACCGUUGAUUAACCGUUUAGUUCUCCUAAAGUCUGUUAGGAAAAUUUCUUGGAUUAACUGGGACACUAUUUGUUCCAAAAAGGAGGAGGGAGGUUUAGGUGUGCGAAGGAUUCAAGAAUUUAACUUAGCUUUACUUGGUAAAUGGUGUUGGCGGAUGCGGGUUGAAAAUAGAAGUUUGUGGUAUAGAGUUUUAUUUGCUAGAUACGGUGAGGUAGGAGGUAAAAUUGCCGAACAUGGGCGGUUUAACUCUGUUUGGUGGAAUAAUUUGAUAAAUGUUAAAAAUGGGGAUGGUGUGGGAGGUGGGAGUUGGUUUGAUGAUAAUGUUGGGCGGGAGGUAGGAGAUGGUGCCCAAACUUUAUUUUGGUGGGAUCCUUGGAUUGAUGUGUUAGUUAUGAAGAAUAGUUUCAGUCGCCUUUUUGAUCUUGCUACUAAUAAAUUGGUAACGGUGGCUGAAAUGUAUUCUUCUGGGUGGGGGGUUGAGGGUGAAGCUUAG